CAUAACUUCAUAUCGCUUAUCAGCUGAUGGUACUGUUCUGUGAAACUUAUUAAAUUUUUGCGAAGUCAUCUUCAUUCACCGAGUUUAUUGUGUACAUACGGUCUCUACUCUGAAUAAACACACCUGGCAGCUUUGCGGGGAUUUUUCGCAGCGAUAUUCAGUUUUUACUGGUUAAGUCGUUCUGACUCCUAAGUUGUCUAACACUGCAGUGUGCAGACAGUGCAGACCAUAUCGGUAGCUUUUCUUCGUAGUUGCAAAGAAGUUCUCGGCGAAGGCUUCCAUUCUCACGAGUUUAAUCGCAUUGUGGACUCCUUUAUCCGACAUGAGUGCGGGAAAGCGUGUUGCUCUGGUGACUGGCGGCAAUAAAGGCAUUGGAUUUGGAAUUGUACGAGGAUUAUGCAAAGGGCUGGGCGAACGUGGUGCUGUUUAUCUAGCUGCGCGGAAUGAGCAGCUCGGGCAGCAAGCAGUGGCUAAACUGAAAACCGAAGAGGAUCUCCAUCCGGAAUUCAUCCAGCUGGAUGUCACUGAUCGGAAAAGCAUCGAAAAAGCCCGCGACACGAUUGUCCAAAAACACGGCGGACUGGAUAUCCUCGUUAACAAUGCGGCCAUAGCUUUCAAGAACGAUGCCACGGAAUCGUUUGGUGAGCAGGCGGAAGUGACGAUCGCGACGAAUUUCUUCGGUUUGUUGGAUGUGUGCGAUGUGAUGUUUCCCAUUCUCCGACCGUCUGCCAGGGUGGUGAACGUAUCCAGUUGCAUGGGAAAUGUCACCUACAUCACUAAUUCUGCCAUUAAGGAGCGCGUUAUUUCCGAGGAGUUGACCGUGGAAGAGCUGAAGAAAAUUAUGAACGAUUUUGUUUCAGCCGCCAAACGCGACACCCAUAAAGACGUUGGUUUUCCCACUACGGCCUACGGCAUGUCUAAAAUCGGGGUGACUGCUUUAUCCAGCAUUCAGCAGCGGGAAUUUGACAAAGAUAAAACGCGUCCGGAUAUCGUUGUCAAUGCGGUUCAUCCGGGAUAUGUGGACACCGAUAUGAGCAGCCAUAAAGGCACCAAAACCAUUGAUGAGGGUGCCGAAUCGUCGCUGUACGCCGCUCUGCUGCCCGACAAGACGGAUAUUCGCGGGCAGUAUAUCUCCAGUAAUUCUAACGUGGAAAACUGGCGCAACGGAGUGGCUAUGAUCUUUUAAAUCUGCCAGUUUAUUUACCGCUUUUUCCAUGUUUUUUUUAUUUUUUUGAGUUCUAGUUUCCGUUAUUUAGAGAAAGAAAAUUUGUUCCGAAACAGUAACGGUGAAUUUUAAUGUCUUUUCCGCUAAGAGACUGAAGAACAUUUCAUUGUUUCGCUUCGCUUGAUCUACUUAUAAACUCAAGUUUUACCAUUCCUAGCUUGCAAAAUUUCAAGUGAUACAAUUUAAAAAUUAUCACAUUAGUGCAUCAAAUAAGUGUUGGAUCAGUAUGAUCUAUAUGUAUAAAAACUCUGUAAACUAAAACAUGUGCGAGUG